AUGCCUACAGAUAUCAGGAACUUUUUCGGGGGCAAGGUCUCUACUCCCAUACGGGAGAAGGAGACUAAGAAGGAAGAUGAUCCUAAGAAGAAGAGAAGCAAAAGUCGCAAGAUCAUAGAUGACAGUGAUGACGACGAGCCAGCGGUCAAGAAAUCCACUCCGAAGAAGACAGCGCCGAAGAAACCCAUGAAGGAUUCGCCCAAAGGAGAGGAAACUACCACUGCAGAUUACUUUGCAUCCAGCAGCAAGCCUAAGCCACCGAAGUCAACGCCUACAAAAUCGAAGACUCAACCCGCUGUCGAAUUACAAAAUAGAUCGUCUACUCGGAAGAAGCCCACAACCUCAUACGCUGAGCAUCCGGAUAAUGACGAUGACGCAUUCCUGGAUGACGAUGAAGAUGCUGGUGAUGAUAUUUUUGCCGCAGAUUUCAGGACGGGGGGAAAGCGGAAAGAGGAUGGUUAUAUUGAAAUCAACAGUGAUGAAGAGACCCUACCGAAGCCGAAGAAGACAACGUCCAAGAGCAAGCUAGCAUCGUCCAAGAAGAACGCGGAUGUCGAAAUGAAGGACGUCUACGCGGAUCAGUCUUUUGUGGCGGAUGAUGAUGCUAUGUCUCUCGACAAUCCAGUUAAAGGGCCUUCAAAGACAGGCAAGAAGCGAAAGUCUGUUGACUUGGAUUCGGAUGACGAAGCUGAUGAUUUCAAACCACCUGUCAAAUCUGCCAAACAGCCACCUGCAAAGAAAGCCCGUCCUCCAGCCAAAAAGGAAAACGUUCCCGAAAGCACCGGAAUACAAGCAAUCCUGGACAGUAUUCCUACAGUUCGGCCACCCACUCCACCGCCGAAAGACUCCGAUGCGAAAUUUGAUUGGAGAAAGGCACAAGGGGGCGGAGGAAAUGCAGGGCCACCCCCUUCAGCAGGCUCGAAGGAGAUACCUGUCGGCGAAGAGAAUUGCUUGGCCGGCUUGACUUUCGUAUUCACGGGUCUGCUAGAGUCAAUUUCCAGAGAAGAAGGCCAGGAGCUUGUGAAACGUUAUGGAGGAAAAGUUACCGGUGCACCAAGUAGUAAAACAAGCUACGUUGUUCUCGGUUCAGAUGCAGGACCUAGUAAACUGAGGAAAAUCAGUGAAAUGAAGAUUAAGACCAUCAACGAGGAUGGAUUGUUUGAGCUCAUUAAAAGGCUGCCUGCUAAUGGUGGAGACGGGAAAGCUGCUGAGAAAAGCAUGGAGAAGAAGAAGGCGGAAGAGGAAAAAAUUAGGAAAGAAGCCGAGGAGAUGGAAAGAGAGGAGCGGAGAAAGGCCAACGAGGCCGAGAAGGCUGCAAAGGAGGCCCAAAGACAAGCUGCGUUGAAGGGUCAUUCAGCUCCUGCGCCUACACGCCAAGUUCCCUCGACGUCUCAGCUAUGGACAACCAAGUACGCCCCGACAAUGAUGAACCAGAUUUGUGGCAACAAAGGCCAAGUCGAGAAGAUACAAAACUGGCUGAAAAAUUGGCACAAGUCGCGCAAGUACAACUUCCAGAAAAGAGGACCUGAUGGAUCUGGCGGCUAUCGAGCAAUUAUCAUUCACGGACCGCCUGGCAUUGGAAAAACCACUGCCGCACACCUUGCUGCUAAGCUUUCGGGUUUUGAUAUCCUAGAAAGUAAUGCCAGCGACACACGAAGCAAGAAAUUGGUCGAGUCCGGCCUGAACGAAGUGCUGGAUAAUAACUCGCUUCUCGGGUACUUUUCAGGGGCUGGCAAGGCUGUCGACCAGAGCAAGAAGAAAAUCGUCUUGAUUAUGGAUGAGGUAGACGGAAUGUCUGCUGGUGACCGAGGUGGUGUCGGGGCACUGGCCAAAGUGUGCAAAAAGACAGAUAUACCUAUGAUUCUGAUCUGCAAUGAACGAAGGCUUCCAAAGAUGAAGCCCUUCGAUCACGUUGCCUUCGAAAUUCCCUUCAAGCGACCAACGACAGAACAGGUCCGUUCUCGUAUUGCGACUAUAUGCCUUCGAGAGGGUCUCAAGCUUCCAGUAAAUGUUAUCGAUGCUCUCAUUGAAGGUAGUAACAAAGACAUUCGGCAAAUUAUCAACAUGAUCUCCACCGCGAAGCUCGAUCAAGACGCCAUGGAUUAUGAUCAAGGUAAGGCCAUGUCAAAGGCUUGGGAGAAACAUGUGGUUCUGAAGCCCUGGGAUAUCUGUCAAAAGCUCUUGGGAGGUGGCAUGUUUGCUCCAUCUAGUAAAUCGACCCUUAACGACAAGAUUGAGCUCUAUUUCAAUGACCACGAGAUGAGUUACUUAAUGAUUCAAGAGAAUUAUCUCAAGACGAAGCCAAUCCUAGCCAAUGGUGCAGGCUCUGCCAGAGAACAGAGCUUGAAAGCACUGCGACUUGCAGACCAGGCCGCUGAGAGCAUUAGUGAUGGAGACUUGGUUGAUCGUAUGAUCCAUGGCUCACAGCAACAGUGGAGUCUUAUGCCGACUCACGCGGUCUUCAGCACUGUGCGACCCGCCAGCUUCGUCUCCGGGCAAAUGGUCGGUGGGACAUCCUUCACCCAAUGGCUGGGCAACAACAGCAAGAUGGGCAAGCUCACUCGGUAUGUCAAGGAGAUACAGUCACAUAUGCGUCUCCGAUCAUCUGGUGAUCGUCAUGAAAUCCGUCAACAGUAUCUCCCUGCUCUCUGGUCGCAGUUAAUCAGGAGGCUUGAGGUGGAAGGAAAGUCUUGCGUAGAGGAGGUCAUUGAUUUGAUGGACAGCUACUUCUUGACGAGAGAUGACUUUGACUAUAUCAUGGAGCUUGGCCUAGGGCCACAGGAUCAAGAAGGGGUGAAUCUGGAAACCCAGACAAAGGCCAGCUUCACCAGAGCUUACAACGCUCGGUCACAUCCUCUGCCUUUCAUGAAGGCCAGCAACGUCGUAGCCCCAGCGCACGUGGCGAAGGCUGUGCCUGAUCUCGAAGAAGCCUUUGAAGAGGAAGACGAAGAGCUAGUUGUGUCCGAGCCCAAGGAGGGUGACGAUGACGAUGUCGACCUUGCGAAGGACAAGUACAUCAAGCAGCCGAAAGCCAAGAAGGCAGCGGCUGGGAAGAAGGCCGGCCCGAAGAAGAAGGCGAGCAAGGGAGCGGAGGAGGAUGACGAUGACGACGAGGAUCCGGAGGAAGAUGCCAAGCCGAAGAAGGGCAAGGCCAAGGCGAAAGGGAAAGGGAAGAAGUGA